GCGUCGUAAUAACGCGAGUCGGAUUUCGCGAUUUCGGGCUAUCGGGACGCUUCUCCGCGCUCCGGUACGCGACGCCGGUCAGCGGGGAGGAAGAUGGAAGCGAUCAGAGUCGCACCCCGAGUACAUUUGUAUCUUCUCGCCGGAGCACGAUUAGCGUCAGUAUCGGCGAUCCGAUAUAUCUGAGGGCCCGGAGAAAUCUCGAUUGGAAUCCUCUUCGCCCUGUUAUCGUUUCAUCGGAGCGCACCCGAUCAUCCUCGGGAACGACAGUCGAGGAGAUGGAAAACAGCUACCACAAGAUACUUGACGUGGCCAAGGGAGCGAGCGAUGAGGAAAUAAAAAAAAGCUUAGACUUAAAAUAUCAUCCUGAUAAGAACAAAACCCCCGGUGCUGAGGAAAAAUUCAAGGAGAUAGACGAGGCAUACAAGUCGUUGUUGGAGGCGCAAAUAAGAAGGAGGGAGGUCAACGAUAAAUUCAGGGGGAUCUCGGAAAGCGCCCCGUUGGCAGAUGAGUACUACGUAGAGGUAGAUAAAGGUAGGGCUUCCGUGGCGGCCCCAGGGCGAAGUUCGUUCCAGUCAUCGUAUUAUUUUUGUAUCAAUGGAAACAAUAAGAAUACUGUUCAUAUAUAUAUUAAUUUCCAUUCAAUCACUUCGCGAUAGUUUUCUUUACUGCGGUAGAA